AUGUCCAACAACUCAGAGAACAUGCGGGGUACCCGCCCCCCGUCAACCCGCGACGAAUCCACCAGCAACCCUCCCAGCAACAAUCCCACCGACACCAGCCCAAACACAACCACAGAGCCGUCCUCCCACACCUCCAAAUCAAGUUCGGACCAACCCUCCCUAGCAACGCGCAUCCAAUCCUCCGCCUCAAACCUCGCUCGCACUGCCUUCGCCCCAGACCCAACCCAAACCCUCUCCGCAGUAACAAACGGCAAAGCCAGCCCCAGCACCCCCUCGAAUGCAGGCUCCUUCGCACGCGACAUAUCCACAGCCCAAGGCCCAUCGACUUCAGGACUAUCCGGCUCGGUGUCAGGAACAAGACCAGCCACCGACUCCUUCCGCAAUGCCAGCAAUGCUCCCGCCAGCGCGUUCGAGAUUCCCGCCAUGACGGAGGAGGAAUUCCAAGCACAGGGCUACACAGAGGACAGCCAAUUCCACACCCAAUUUCAACAAGGGCAAGGGCAAGGGCACCAGGAAACAGACAAACCCCUCGACCCCCUCCAAUCCACAACCGGAAACUGGAAAGGCAAACACCGCGCCGCAGACCCAGUCCAAGUCUACACCAGCGCCUGGGAACGCGCCACCUCCAAUACCUCCCCAACUCUCCAAGAUGGAGACGGAGAAGCCGUCUCCACCCUCCUAAACAAUCCCACCUUCGACCCUUCCUUCGCGUUGGACGCAGACAUCCAAACCUCCGAUAUGGCAGACGAACCAGCCCCCCUCACACGCGCCGAACUCCAAACACUGGACUCCUUCCGCCGCGACCUGGUUAUUCCCGAUAAACACCUCGACACACCCGCGGUCCAAUUAAACCCAACCAGCCUGAUACCCGACAUCGACACGUUCCUCCAACAAGACCAGCACUCUACAGCGGGAAGUGCCGUCUCGCUGCGCGAUCAUGUUCUUGCGAACCUGCCUGGUGCGAAUGAGUGGGUACGUGUGCAGGAGAGGUAUCAUGAUGAGGUGUGGGGGUUUUUGAGGCCGGCGUUGGAGGCUGCGAGGGAGGAGAUCGAGGAGGGGGAGGAGGGUCUUGGGGAGCAUGAGGAGGGGCCGGCUGUUAGGAGGUUGAGGAUGAUUCUGGAGCAUAUGAGGGCCUAG